AUGCCUACUAGGUCAUCCCUCUUUGGAGGCCUCGGCCUACUGCUAUCAACCGCACUACCACUCAUCAUCGCUUCGCCCAUUCCUCUCCAUGGCUCUUAUGUUUCCCUUGACGGAUGGACUCUCAGCACGACCGUCAUUAACACCACAUCCUUUCUGAAUGAACCAUAUGUCUCAAAUGGAUAUAUUGGGGCACGUCUCCCCGUCGAAGGCGUUGGCUUGAGGAUUCACCCUGCAAUUGAUUAUGAAGGCCGAGAUGGAGUCCAAGGAUGGCCUCUAUUCGAGCUGAGGCAAACCGCAUCCAUUGUGGCGGGAUUUUACAACCAACAAGGCGAUACCAAGGGCACCAAUUUCCAAACAGGUGGCCAACAAGUCAUUUCUCUACUUCCUACAUGGACAUCAUUAUUCCUGACAGUAUCACCAUCUCCUGAUUCUCCUCCAGAGGAUUGGGUAACUUACCGUCCAGGCGUUGAACUUUCACAGGUCAAAUCAUUCAGACAAUCUCUUUCUCUAAGGAAUGGUGUUGUUCAAACAAAUGUCACCUGGUCCCCUUUCGAUCCUUCAAAUAAUGGCUCCCACAUUCAACUGCACUAUACAGUAGUGGCGCAUAGAUCUCGUCCCAAUCUUGGUCUUGUGCGCCUUGAUAUUUCGGGUCUUACCAAGGGCCAACAGGUCAUCAUCACCGAUGCACUCGAUGGUGCUGGUGCACAACGAGUUCAAGGCGAACAAGCUGGCUCGUUGAAGCAAAAUGAAUUACCUAAUGCGAUCUAUUCCUCUGUUCAACCAUUCGGCGUCAGUGAUGUCACAGCAUGGGAGAUCUCUGCUCUAGAAUUUAUUGGUCUCAAGGACGAAAACUACACUGCUAUUGGCAUCCCUGCUAGCGUUGGCCUCAAAGAUAACUUUACUUCGACUGCUUCACAGUCAUACUCAGUGUCAGCACCCGCGAAUGGUCAUUUGACUGUGAUCAAGGCAGUCGGUAUUGCUUCCACGGAUGCCUUCAAUGGCACUGAGCGAAGUACUGCCCUUGCUGCUGUCAAGAAAGCACAGGCUGAUGGCUGGGACGAACUCUUGGAGGAGCAUGAUGAAGCCUGGGAAACUAUUUGGGACGAGGGUGGCGAAAUUGCCACCAUACUGGAUGAGCUACAGUUGACGACUAUAUCAAGCUUGUAUCACCUCCUUGCUAAUAUUCGUGAUGGCAAUGAGGGUCGAGGCUUGGGUGACAACAGUAUUGCGCCCGCUGGGCUAACAUCAGACUCUUAUGCAGGAGGAAUCUUUUGGGAUGCUGAUCUCUGGAUGUACCCAAGUCUUCUGUCGCUCUUUCCGGAUUAUGCAAUGAGCAUUAAUAACUAUCGAAGCAAAAACUUGGAUCAAGCUUACAAGAAUGCACAGCAGUACAACCGCUCUGGAUUGCUUUAUCCCUGGGUUGCUUUUAGAUACGGCAACUGCACUGGUAUUGGGCCAUGCUAUGAUUACGAAUACCAUUUGAACAACGACAUUGCGCUUGCUCAAUGGCAAUAUUUCCAAACGACCAAUAACAAAACUUGGCUUGAGGAAUGGGGAUAUCCGAUUAUGAAAGGGGUUUCUGAAUUUUGGGCUAGUCAUGUCAUUUGGAACCCUGACACAAACCGUUACAUCACUUUGAACGAGACUGAUCCUGAUGAAUACGCUAACCAUGUAGACAAUGCGGCGUUUACCAAUGCUGGUCUAGCAGUCAAUUUCGAGAACAGUAUCCAGGCUGCAUCUAUCCUUGGGAAAUCACAUGAAGUGCCUAAAAAUUGGAGUGACAUUGCUGAGAAGAUCACGAUUCUCUAUGAACCCACCAGCGAUGUUAUUCUCGAGUAUGAUGGUUUCAAUGCGACGACGCCUGUGAAACAAGCAGACGUGGUUCUGUUGAUCUAUCCACUCGAAUCCGAUAAGGUUCGUGAUCCACAUGAAGAUCUAGCAUUCUAUUUAGGAGCCAACAGUCCUAAUGGUCCAGGCAUGACCUACUCUGUCUUCAGUAUCGGCUCUGCUCAACUGGCGUAUCAAGGUUGUGAGGCAUACACAUACCUGUUACAAAGCAGUGAACCCUAUGUUCGAGGACCGUUCUCCCAGUUCUCGGAACAAGCUACAGAUGAGUAUUCUAAGAAUGCAGGAACCAAUCCUGCAUAUACUUUCUUGACAGGCAAUGGUGGAUUCCUUCAGACCUGGACACAUGGCUUUACGGGUUACAGACCUCAUUUGGACUGUUUCUACUUGGAUCCUUCAUUACCUCCCCAGUUGGCUCCUGAUGGAUUCACGGUCAGGGGUAUGAAGUGGCAAGGGAGUGUAUUUGAUGUCACAGUCCAGGGCUCUCGGACGAUCAUUAGGCGUCGAUCUGGAAAACGGUCAUCCAAGGCAUGUGUAGAAAUCGGUAAACGAAAUAAGAACCGAGGAAAACACCAAUUGUCUGUUGGAGAAACUUUAACAGUAGGAACUUACCGAAGCGAUUUGAAUGGAACUCUCAUUCCUGGCAAUAAGGCUCAAUGUGCAUUGAAGGUGACAUCCAAAGAUCCAAUCUUGCCUGGUCAAUACGCGUUGGCUGCUGUAGAUGGUUCGAAUGCGACGUACUGGCGUCCAGACACAAAGUCACCAGCGUCUAUGACCAUUGAUCUUGGAAAGGUUCAGACAAUCAAUGGAUUCCAUCUCAACUUCAAUCGCAUUCCACCAAAAUCCUACAGCGUCAAUGAUAACAAACACAAUAAUGGCAGUAUUGGAAUGAAGCAGGUGGCGAGGGUGGAUCAGGUCGAAAUUACUGCGCCAUAUGAUGAAAAGACUGCUGGUGUGGUCAUUGUUCGACUGGGCAACACUAGCGACGUAUCCUUGGCAGAGUCGGUCAAAGCCCGUUUUGUCCGGUUGGUUGUAGAGGGUGUUCUGACGGAUGACGGUACGACAGCCGGUGCUACAGUUGCAGAGAUUGCUGUUCUUUAG